AUGAAGACGAUGACAGGAUCAAACGAGUUCAAACUCAAUCAGACCCCAGAUGAUGGUAUUUCAUCGGUGAAGUUUAGUCCAAACACAUCUCAGUUUCUGCUUGUUUCAUCCUGGGACACAACUGUUCGGCUCUAUGAUGUUCCUGCCAACACCAUGAGACUCAAAUAUCAGCAUUCAGGGGCUGUCCUUGACUGUGCUUUUUAUGAUCCUACCCAUGCCUGGAGUGGAGGACUUGAUCAGCAGCUGAAAAUGCAUGAUCUAAACACGGACCAAGAAAACCUUGUUGGUGCCCAUGAUGCUCCUAUAAGGUGUGUUGAGUACUGCCCAGAAGUGAAUGUCAUGGUGACUGGAAGUUGGGAUCAGACAGUUAAACUCUGGGAUCCCAGAACUCCUUGUAAUGCAGGGACCUUCUCCCAGCCUGAAAAGGUGUACACACUCUCUGUGUCUGGAGACAGACUGAUUGUGGGCACAGCAGGGCGGAGAGUGCUGGUGUGGGACCUGAGGAACAUGGGCUACGUGCAGCAGCGAAGGGAAUCCAGCCUCAAGUACCAGACCCGCUGCAUCAGAGCCUUUCCCAACAAACAGGGUUAUGUUUUAAGCUCUAUUGAAGGUCGUGUUGCAGUGGAAUACUUGGAUCCAAGCCCUGAAAUCCAGAAGAAGAAAUAUGCAUUCAAAUGUCACCGUUUGAAGGAAAACAACAUUGAGCAGAUUUAUCCUGUCAAUGCCAUUUCUUUCCAUAAUGUCCACAACACAUUUGCCACAGGUGGUUCUGAUGGAUUUGUCAAUAUUUGGGAUCCAUUCAACAAGAAGAGGCUGUGCCAAUUCCAUAGGUAUCCCACCAGCAUAGCAUCCCUUGCCUUCAGCAAUGAUGGGACUACCCUGGCAAUAGCUUCUUCCUACAUGUACGAGAUGGAUGACAUUGAACACCCCGAGGACGGGAUCUAUAUUCGCCAAGUGACAGAUGCAGAAACAAAACCCAAGUGA